AUGAAGGACCUGCCACUCCAAAUUCAUGUGCUACUUGGCCUAGCUAUCACUACACUAGUACAAGCUGUAGAUAAAAAAGCAGAUUGCCCACAAUUAUGUACGUGUGAAAUCCGGCCCUGGUUUACACCUAGAUCCAUUUAUAUGGAAGCAUCUACAGUGGAUUGUAAUGAUUUAGGUCUUUCAAAUUUCCCAGCCAGAUUGCCUGCUGACACACAGAUUCUGCUCCUACAGACUAACAAUAUUGCAAAAAUUGAAUACUCCAUAGACUUGCCAGUAAAUCUUACUGGCCUGGACUUAUCUCAAAACAAUUUAUCUUCAGUUACCAAUAUUAAUGUAAAAAAGAUGCCUCAGCUUCUUUCUGUGUACCUAGAGGAAAACAAACUUACUGAGCUGCCUGAAAAAUGUCUGUCUGGACUUAGUAACUUACAAGAACUCUAUAUUAAUCACAACUUGCUUUCUACAAUUUCACCCGGAGCCUUUAUUGGCCUACAUAAUCUUCUUCGACUUCAUCUCAAUUCAAAUAGAUUGCAGAUGAUCAACAGUAAGUGGUUUGAGGCUCUUCCCAAUCUGGAGAUUCUGAUGAUUGGGGAAAAUCCAAUCAUCAGAAUCAAAGACAUGAACUUUAAGCCUCUUAUCAAUCUUCGAAGCCUGGUUAUAGCUGGUAUAAACCUCACGGAAAUACCAGAUAAUGCCUUGGUUGGACUUGAAAACUUAGAAAGCAUCUCUUUUUAUGACAACAGGCUUAUUAAAGUGCCCCAUGUUGCUCUUCAAAAAGUGGUAAACCUCAAAUUUUUGGAUCUAAAUAAAAAUCCCAUUAAUAGAAUACGGAGGGGUGAUUUUAGCAAUAUGCUACACUUAAAAGAAUUGGGGAUAAACAAUAUGCCUGAGCUGAUUUCCAUCGACAGUCUUGCUGUGGAUAACCUGCCAGAUUUAAGAAAAAUAGAAGCUACUAACAACCCAAGGUUGUCUUACAUUCACCCAAAUGCAUUUUUCAGACUACCCAAGCUGGAAUCACUCAUGCUUAACAGCAAUGCCCUUAGUGCCCUGUACCGCAGUACCAUUGAGUCUCUGCCAAACCUCAAGGAAAUCAGCAUACACAGCAAUCCCAUCAGGUGUGAUUGUGUCAUCCGUUGGAUUAAUAUGAACAAAACCAACAUUCGAUUUAUGGAGCCAGAUUCACUGUUUUGCGUGGACCCACCUGAAUUCCAAGGCCAGAAUGUUCGGCAGGUGCAUUUCAGGGAAAUGAUGGAAAUUUGUCUCCCUCUUAUAGCUCCCGAGAGUUUUCCUUCUAAUCUGGAUUUAGAAACUGGGAGCUAUGUUUCCUUACACUGCAGAGCUACUGCAGAGCCACAGCCUGAAAUCUACUGGAUCAUACCUUCUGGUAAAAAACUCUUGCCUAAUACUCUGACAGACAAGUUCUAUGUCCAUUCUGAAGGCACACUAGAUAUAAGUGGCAUCACCCCAACAGAAGGGGGUUUAUAUACCUGUAUAGCAACUAACCUGGUUGGUGCUGACUUGAAGUCUAUUAUGAUCAAAGUGGAUGGCUCUUUUCCCCAGGAUAACAAUGGAUCCUUGAAUAUUAAAAUAAAAGAUGUUCAGGCCAACUCAGUUCUGGUGUCUUGGAAAGCAAGUUCUAAAAUUCUCAAAUCCAGUGUUAAGUGGACAGCCUUUGUCAAGACUCAAAAUUCCCAUGCUGCCCAAAGUGCUCGAAUACCAUCUGAUGUCAAGGUAUAUAAUCUUACUCAUCUGAACCCAUCAACUGAGUAUAAGAUUUGUAUUGAUAUCCCCACCAUCUAUCAAAAAAGCAGAAAACAGUGUGUAAAUGUCACCACAAAAGGUUUGCACCCUGAUCGAAAAGAGUAUGGUAAGAGUAACACCACAGCAUUUAUGGCCUACCUUGGAGGUUUUCUGGGGAUUAUUGGUAUGAUAUGUCUUUUCAGCUGCCUCUCUCAAGAAAUGAACUGUGAUGGUGGACAUAACUAUGUGAGAAAUUACUUACAGAAACCCACCUUUGCAUUCAGUGAGCUUUAUCCUCUGAUCAACCUCUGGGAAGCAGGCAAAGAAAAAGGUACAGCAUUGGAAGUAAAGGCAACUGUUAUAGGUGUGCCAACAAACAUGUCCUAAAAACAACUAACUAAAUCUACUUCAAAGAAAACUCAAAACUGUGGUUGUACUUUUAAAAAAAAAAAAGGCAGAGAACUAUUACUUUGUAGAAGGAAGUUUAAGCUUCACCAAUGCUGCUCCUGACCAAUGGACAUAUGUACAAGUUCAGCAUUUUAAUUAACUGGCUUCGAAGGGUACUGUGGCAACCAAAUAAAACAAUUCCAUUUUUUAGAACAUGUAACUUUUAUGUCUGGACUACAGUUAAAGUGGACAAAAACAUUUCUGUAUUUUUUUUAAGUAUAUAAGAGUAGUUGAACUGAGCAAUACCUCCUCCUGUGUUGUAUUACACAUGUUAGCCACGAGUUUUUGCAGUGACCAGAUAAACUUGAAUUGACAC